AUGGUAAAGGCCGAGUUCUUACACCAUGUAGGUGUUAACUACCUCUUUGCUCCAUGGAUUUCUUGGCUUCUAUUGCUUCAAUCAGCACCAUUCGUGGCUCCAAAAACCGCAACCUAUUUAGUUCUCUGGUGGGUCUUUGCAGUUCCGGUGGUGGUGCUUGACGUGAAAAUUUAUGGCCAGUGGUUCACCAAAGGGAAGAGGUUUCUAUCGACGGUGGCAAACCCGACGAGCCAGUUAUCGGUGAUAGGGAACUUGGUUGGGGCACAAGCUGCGGCUCAUAUGGGUUGGAAAGAGAGUGCUGUUUGUUUGUUUUCACUAGGGAUGGUGCAUUACUUGGUGUUAUUUGUUACACUCUAUCAGCGUUUAUCAGGUGGAGAUCGCCUUCCAGUGUUGUUAAGGCCAGUUUUCUUCUUGUUCUUUGCAGCACCAGGCUUUGCUAGCUUGGCUUGGGAAUCCAUAGUUGGGACUUUCGAUACUGCUUCCAAGAUGCUAUUCUUUCUAUCCCUAUUCCUCUUCAUGUCCCUGGUUUGCAGGCCAACCCUGUUCAAGAGAUCAAUGAGAAGGUUCAAUGUUGCAUGGUGGGCUUACUCCUUUCCAGUUACCGUGCUUGCUCUGGCUUCCACGGACUAUGCACAAGAAGUCAAAGGAACUAUUUCACACAUCCUGAUGCUCCUUCUGUUAGUUCUUUCUUGUCUGAUCUCCCUUGCUCUAACGGUGUUCACUUUGCUCAACUCUAAGAUGCUUCUACCGGAUAACGAUCCUAUUGCAAGCUUGCUCAUUGGUUAA